UUGCUGAAAGCCCUUGGAUUUGAACCGCCAGCGCUGUCUCUGGAGCAACUCCGGGCUUACGAUCAUUCGGGGGAACUAAUCACCGGAGAAAAUAUUGCUCUCAGCUUCGCCAGUGGCUUCGUUUCCGGUGCUGCCAUUGAGCGUCCGGUGAUGAAUAAAACACUGUUCCAGCACAUGGUUCACACUGCAGCCAACCUCGUUCCACCGGAUUGGAAGACCCGUUUCACAUCCACAAUCGUGUCUGGUGUGGACGUGUUUCAUUUGGAGGAAGAUGUAAAUAGCACUACACCAAUCGCCUGGUGGAGUCUCGGAGGCAGUGCACCCGUUAUGGCUGUGAGGCUCGCAGCUGAAGGGGCCGAAGUUUCAAUUGCCGCACGCUUGUCCGCGCGGCAACGCAGCCACCUGCCAACUUGUAUCCAAAGUUUAACCGCUCCUCCGGCGUUUGGUUUACCGCCUGUUCCGGAAGAGGACAUCCACCUAAUUAUGGAAUACGAUGCUGGUGAACGAUGGGGUAAUCUCGUUGCCCCUCGUGCUAAUCGGUAG